AGGACACAUCAGAGACAUCACUUUGCAUGGUGCGUUGAAUGAUGCAGGCUUGUGGAAGGCCUGCCUCUGUCCAAGUGCCAAGGUCCAGCUACCUUGCUUCAACUGUGAGGUUUGAGGAAAGAAGCCUGGCUGAGGUUCCAGUUGGAAAGGCAUCUACUUUUCGCGAUGCCUCCAAAAGUAGAGGUGCUUUGAGGUCUUGUGUCAUUGGUGCCUCUGCCAUAGUGCUUCAACUGAGACGCCGCAUUGUUCGUCGUGCACUCCCUUACGGUGACCGAAAAGUCGAUGCUGCAAUCAACAUCGGGCGCAAUGCCAAUCGUUUGCGACAGCUGAAAAAGACCGAGCAGGAGCGAAAAAAGCUUCGGCUCAUGGAAGUUCGGCGCAAGAUAGAAGUUCUUAAGGGGAAAAAGAACCGAUUCAAGGCUCCAAGUGGAGAUCGAGAAGCGAGCCAAGCUGAAGAAGCCGGAAGCGGGAGCCCUGACUCAGAGGAGUCCAGCUCAACGCCGUCCGGAGAGGGCCCUGAAGAAUGGGCGUUUGAAAGGACCGCCAGAGUGGGAAGAAGAAAAGCUGACGGGCCGCUCGAAGUCAGCGAUGAUGCCCGAGCCGUGGCCGAGACUGAACUUUCUGGAGCUGGAGGGGUAGCAACAUCGAGGCAGCUGCUAGAUGCUGCUAUUGAGUUUGAAGCUGCUCAGGAUUUCAGUAAGGCUGGAGAGCUGUUGGAGAUGGUGAGCGAUAGAAUUAGCAAGGAGCAAAUGGAGCGCAAGCUGGACUACAAAGUUGCUCAGGAAUAUGACGAUGAGGCGUGUGAAAGACUUGCUGGAGUUUAUGCACGCUCUGGGAGGCUGACAUUGGCCUUCAACACCUAUGAUAUUCUGAGGAUGCGGGUUGCUGACCCAGCCGUGCGAAGAAGAGCCCAGGCCGGUUGGGUAAAGGUGGCGAUAACACUUGCCCUGAAGCUUCAAGAGGCCUAUCGUUACCAAGAAUGUUUGGAUCUUCUCUUACUGGUGCGUGAUGUCGCUCAAACGCGUGUUGCUGGAGAGAAGCUCAUGGAGGAGGCUGAGAUGUACAUAGCAAUAUGCCUCCAAAAAGUCGGCAGGAAGGACGAGGCCAUGAAUGUGCUACAAGAAGUCAGCCGUGCCACAGUCAGCAGAGACCGAAAGGCCCAAGCGCAGUUCAUCAUGGAUGUGAUGAAUGUGGACUUGCCAGAUCAGCGAAAUGAAGAGUUUCACAAGGUGUGGGAGGACAAUUUCAAUCUUCCCAAGGACAUGACCAGAUCAGUGAGUUCUGGUAGGCGGAGGCCCUUGAACCUGAACCUCUCUACCCAGGAACGAGCUUUCAGAUCAUGGGCCUCUGAAUAUUGGGAGGAGCGGCUCAAGAGUCCUGCAUACUACUUCUUCCUAACACUGUGGGUCACUUGGCCCUUUGCGAUUCCAGUGGUUUCCAUCAUGCGAAGGUCUGGCCUCUUGGAGUCACCUUCCUAAUUAGGGGAAGAACAUGGUGAGCUCGUGUGAAGCUCCAACAGAAUUAGAAUUCUGUGCAGAUUUUUUCCUAGGAUGUAGGAUUUAUGAAAGUUUGCACCCAGAGAUUUGCAUGUAUGUGCAGCUUUGGUGAGCUCUUCGGCAUUCGUCCGAAGUUUGUGCAGAGAAGGGGAAAAUGAGCAUUGAAGCUGGUCAAUGGAUGCUUGCACUUACCUCACAUGCGCACGCACACAGGCUUGGAAAGGAAACACAUGGAAAAACGACAUAUGCUCAUACGUGUUCAAUUUGCAGAUUCCUGCUUUGUCGAGUCCUCAGCAUGUUUUCGCUCUAAUCACCAGUCUGAACCUCCAGC